CAUACAUAUUUAAAUACAGUAGUAUAAAUACUAAAUUAAAACUGUACUCAAACAUUAAUUCUCUAUCAUUCUCAUUCAAACCAACACACACGAAACAAACCAAAUCAAAAUGGCAGCUAAGUUGAUCGUCUUUGCCGCUUGCGUAGCAUCCGCUCUAUCCCAAUAUAGCGCACCAUCUUACCACUCGGCACCAAAAGCUUACUCCCACGAACCCGAAUACGCACCAUCCCCAUACAGUUUCGAAUACAGCGUACACGACCCACACACCUACGACAUCCACAGCCAAUACGAACACGGAGACGGACACGGAAACGUGAAAGGAUCUUACAGCUUGGUCGAAGCCGACGGAACCAAGAGAAUCGUCGACUAUACCGCCGACCACUACGGAUUCAACGCUGAAGUCAAAAAGGAAGGAACCCCAUCAUACGGAUCCGGCCCAGCCUACAACAAGCCCUCUUACUCCGCUCCAGCUUACUCUGCUCACUCCGCUCCAGCCUACAGACCAGCUCCAUACAAUCAUUACUAAGAUGUUCAAAUUUUCUGCCAAAGAAUUUCCUUCAUUUUUCUCCUAAUGGAGAAUUACCAUUGUUCUAAAUGUAUUUAAAAUAAAUGUUGCAUAUUUUUUUUUUAAUUUAUUUAUUAUAAUUUUUGAUGAUAAAAUUAAAUAAAUAAUUUAGUGAAUCUACUUAGAUA